AUGGCCACACAGGACAAGGAGGACAUUGUAUUAGCGACUGAAACACCAGGUUCGCUGAAUAGGGACAAGGACGCUGCAGAUGCUGUGGCUCUACAGGAGAGACAACAAUCAGAUAACGAUGGUGCUCGAGUACCGAUAGCUGAAGCCCCUAAACAAAAGUUGGCUCAUGCAGACUACACCAUCGGCUGGAUCUGCGCACUGAGCACGGAGUAUGUUGCCGCGCAAGUUUUUCUUGAUGAAAGGCACGAGGGACCGGAAUAUGUGCCAUCCAAUGACAAUAAUGAUUACACAUUAGGCAAAGCUGGAAGCCACAAUGUUGUUAUCGCAGUCUUGCCUAACGGGGAGUACGGCAUAUCAAGUGCUACAGGCGUUGCAAAAGACAUGCUGCAUAGCUUUCCUAAUAUCAGGAUCGGCUUUAUGGUUGGCAUCGGAGGCGGCGCGCCGAGUCAAAAGCACGAUAUACGGCUCGGCGAUGUUGUGGUUAGUACUCCUCGCGAUGGCACCGGCGGUGUUUUCCAAUAUGAUUUCGGCAAGGCAAUUCAAGGCGGAAUUUUCCACACAAAGGGCUUUUUAAAUAAACCACCGAUACUUCUUCGAACUGCAGUCAAUGGGCUUAAGGCAGAUUAUGAGAUAAAUGGUCAUCGAAUCGAAGAAGCUAUCAGUGAUAUCUUGGAAAGAAAGCCAAGGCUACGGCGGAAGUAUGAGCGACCGCAACCAAUCACCGAUAAGCUGUAUAAGUCUACAAUCGCUCAUCCUCAAGACACUGAAGGGAGCUGCGUAAACUUCUGCGGAAGUGACAUGUCGAGGUUAAUACUGAGGCCAGAGCGGACUCAAGAUGAGGAUAACCCGAGUAUUCAUUAUGGUUUGAUUGCGUCAGCGAACCAGGUGAUGAAGGAUGCCCUUACCCGAGAUAAGCUAAUUAAAGAGAAAGACGUUCUGUGCUUUGAAAUGGAAGCAGCUGGGUUAAUGAACCAGUUCCCAUGUUUGGUCAUUCGAGGUAUUUGUGAUUAUGCAGAUUCUCACAAGAAUGAAGAAUGGCAAGGCUACGCGGCAAUGACGGCGGCAGCAUAUACCAGAGAUCUCUUACACAGGAUCCCUCUCCAACAGGUUAGGGCUGAGAAAAGGAUUAGCGACGUACUCUCAAGUGUUCAGAAGGGCGUUGAUAAGCUUCUCUAUUUUCAACAAAAUAAGGAUUAUCAGGAAAUCCUUGACUGGCUUACACCAAUUGACUACGCCCCCCAACAAAAGGACUAUAUCCAAAUCCGACAACCGGAGACUGGUCAAUGGUUCUUAGACUCCGGGGAGUAUCAGACAUGGAUUGAGUCUGACAAGCAAACGCUAUUUUGUCCAGGUGUCCCUGGAGCCAGGAAGACAAUCAUGACCGCGGUAGUCAUCGACAACCUAUAUGCAAGAUACAAGGAUGAUGCCAAAAUAGGUAUUGCGUAUCUGUAUUGCGAUUAUCGAAAACAAUACGAGCAGAAAGCAGAAGAUCUGCUGGCGAAUCUGUUAAAACAGUUGACUCAGGGACAAGCUGUGAUACCGGGCUGCAUACAAACUUUGUAUAGUAAUUACAAAAACAAACCAAAACGACCACCACUUCAUGAACUGUCAGAAGCAUUACGAUCGAUUAGUAUCCUUUACUCCAAGGUCUUCAUUAUCGUCGACGCACUGGAUGAGUGCCGAACUGCGGACGGCUGCCGCAAGUCUUUUUUAUCCGAGCUUUUUAAUCUUCAAGCAGAAACAAACACAAACAUCUUUGCGACGGCAAGAUUUAUCCAAGAAAUUGAAGAGGCAUUCAAACAAACUUCCUCUCUAAAUAUCACUGCUAAAGAUGAGGACGUGCAAAAAUAUGUGACCGCUAAUAUGUCACGGCUUCCCUCGUUUGUUCUGAGAAACCCCGAGGUACAAAGUGAGAUAAAAACUGCAAUGUCCAAGAGUGCUGACGGAAUGUUUCUCCUUGUGCGAUUACAUACUGAUUCCUUGGCCCAACUGCCGACAGUAGGGGAUGUCAAACAAGCGUUGCAAAACUUGCCCCGCUCUCUUGAUGAUACAUACAAGCAAGCGAUGGCAAGAAUCGAGAGUCAAAGCGAAGCCUUUCAAAAAUUGGCAAAAAAGAUUUUAUCUUGGCUUACCUGGGCAAAAACAGUGCUCUUCGUGGCCGAGCUCCAACACGCCGUUGCAGUUAAGCUAGGAACAGCAGAACUAGACGAGGAGUUCAUCCCCGACAAGGAAAUAAUGGGUUCCGUCUGCGCCGGUCUCGUCACUAUCGACAAUGAGAGUGGUGCCAUACGGUUGGCACAUUACACCACCCAACAAUACUUCAGGCGUGUGGGUGGCCGGUGGUUUCAAGAUGCAGAGGCCAAUAUCGCAAGGCUAUGUUUAACUUACAUCUCAUUUCGCGAAUUUGAAAGCGGUUACUGCAACACAGACGACGAGUUUCAGCAGCGCAUACAGCUAUAUCCGCUGUAUGAAUAUGCUGCGAACCACUGGGGAUUUCAUUCCCGUGCGGCCCCGGAAAUGCAGCCGCUGAUCUUAGAUUUUCUAGGCUGUGAAGCCAAGGUGUCUGCCUCUGGCCAGGCAAUCCGAAGCGGCAGAAUGGCAGCUAUUCACCUCGCAGCAAUUUUUGGACUUGAAAGCAUAGUUGCAUACUUUUUCGACAAUGGAUAUGACAUAGAUGCCAGGGAUGCCAACGGAAGGACACCACUCUGGUGGGCAUCCGAAAUGGGCCAAAGAAAUGUGGUCAAUUUAUUGAUCGACUAUGGCGCUGAAAUCAAUUCGACGGACUAUACCAAGCAUGAAACACCGCUCUUCAAAGCCCUCGAGUUGGGAAGAGAAGACAUCAUCAGACUGCUGCUGGAGAAUGGCGCAGAUGCCAACCUUAUUGCCAACGGUCUUACGGCACUCAGUUAUCCCAUUGAAGAGAAAGAUCAAGGCACAGUCAAGUUGCUGCUAGAGAAUGGCGCCAAUGUUAACCUUAUGGAUAACGGCGGUUACCCACCACUUGUUUAUGCUAUUAGGAAGAAAGAUAAUGGUAUAAUUCGGCUGCUGCUAGAGAAUGGCGCCGAUAUUAACCUUAUGAAUACUAAGGGUUACCCAGCACUUUUUUAUGCGAUUACUCAGAAAGAUCGAGGCAUCAUCAGGCUGCUGCUAGAGAAUGGCGCUGAUGUUAACGUUUUUGAUAACAAAGGCAGGCCGAUGCUUCUUCAUGCUAUUACACAGAAAGAUCAAGGUAUCGUUAGGCUGCUGCAAGAAAAUGGUGCCGAUGUUAAUAUUUCUUAUAAUGGUUUCCCGGCACUUGUUUGGGCUAUUAUUGGUGGAGACGAAGGCAUCGUCAGGGUGCUGCUAGAGAUUGGCGCAGAUGUUAACCUUAUUGAUGCUAGCGGUUACUCGGCACUUACACAUGCUAUUAUGUAUCAAGACGAAGGCAUCGCCAGGCUGCUGUUAGAAAAUGGCGCCGAUGUUAAUUGCCUUAUCCAGGGAGAUACACCGCUAUCAAUAGCAAUUAUGAUGCGAAAAGAAAGUAUGGGCAAUCUUUUGCUAGAAUAUGGCGGUAAAACUUGGAUAGGAUAUUAG